UGAAAAUAUGGAAGAGGGAAAGAAAAUUUUGGUCUCUGGACAUCGCGGAGGGAUGCUCUCCUACGAGAAUACGCUGACUGACUUCCAGCUUGCCAUUGAUAAUGGCCUUGAAGAAGUAGAAUUCGACAUUUGGUUGACUAAGGACAAGGUGCCUAUCAUUCUUCAUGGAAGUAAUAACACUAUUGGCUUUGAAGAUCCUCUUGGGGAGGUCUCCAAGGACACAAUGAUCACUGAGAUAACUUUGGAGCAGAUCAAAAGGUAUGAGCUUCCUAAUGGAGACCAUAUUCCUACGUUUGAAGAGCUUCUUGAUGUCUGUGCUGGCAAGAUAGUCAUGAACAUUGAAAUCAAGGAUCCAAAUAAGGAAGUCUGCCAGAUCGUCCUGGAUAUUAUUAAGCAACGCGAGCUGACUAGGGAAGCAGUCAAUUUUAGUAGCUUCCAUCAUGAAAUUUUAACAGCACUAAAAGAAAUCGAUGACAAUUUCGAUUUUGGGUAUCUUUAUAGGAGCGAGGAGGAGCUUGACCCUGAGUACUAUCCUCACCAUGGGGAAUCAGUCAAUAUUGCCAUAAACCAUGUAACAAAGGAAGUUGUGGAUACCUGUCAUGAGCAAGGUAGGAAAGUCAAGGUGUAUUUCUGUAAGGCCUUCCCUGAGAAGGAUGAGCACUAUCCACAUCUAGUUGAGUGCGGAGUUGAUCAUGUGUUUAGUGAUCAUCCUCUUAAGUUACUUGAAUAUCUUAAGACUGCUUAGAUCCAAUAUUCGAAUGAGUUCAAUUAA